CGCUCAUCCGCCGUUUGCCGGGUUGCCCGAUCGUUUGGUCUAGUUUCGAUUAGCAUAUUUAGCAUAUCAUUGAAGUGUUGUUUUUUUAAAGUUUUUGUGUGAUGUGUGUGUGUGUGUGUGCUACAGCAUCUCUUCCCAAGGCGCCAUUAGGGCGAAACAGUACUAACGAGCGCCACACAGUGAUCGCGUUGUUGCUAAAGGGCACAACGGCUAAACGGGGGCGCCGUUAAAGAUCUCUCCCGUAUCUCGAACUUAUAAUUCGUGGGUCACGGCAUAAGCACGAAACUGCAUCAAACGGCCAGCAGUGUGGCUAGAGUGUAACGACCAAGCGAUCGUGAUCGUACGCAUCGUAACGCGCGCCCAACGAUAUCGUUACAUCGCGUUUUGCUCAUCUUGACCACAUCUCGUCAUCUCCGCUACAAUCUCUCCGGUCUCUAACAGCGGGGUUGUACGCGGUACAGUUCUGAGCAUGUUAAAGGCAGCUUAACCGGGUAACGUGUGGCUAACACGUGUGGAAGAUGUACUAUGGCAUACUUUGAAAAUUUGAUCAACUCCGUCCCUGUACCGUUUUACGUGCGUUUACUGUUGCUGCUGCUGUUGCGAUUGGAUCUACCGGAAAGGGCCACUAGUCACUAUCGCCCGCUCCAUGAAUGACAGCAAUUUCCGCUUCAAAAAAGGAGAAAAAAAAACAGAAGAAGCUUGUAGCUAAACUAGUGUGGUUUAAUUUGUUUGUGUAUAGUGUUUGACCCGGUGAAAAAUUUCUCAAGCCCAACCCGCGUAAUCUGGCCACGGUGCGAAUCCGAUUGCGACGAUCGAUAACUCCGUCGGCAACCGGCGAUCGUGAUCGUCAAUGAAACACGCACCGAAUUAAUAAAAUUUUGCAAAGUGAUAAUUGAUGGUAGAAGAAAAAUAUUAUUAGCUAUAAGCUGCGAAGCAUUAGGUUAAAGUGAGUGUGUAACGAUCGUGACGUGCGGCGGUGUGCGAAGGAAGUGAAUCGUACGGGUGCGUUCGCGUGCAAUCAGGAGGCAUAGAUCAGGCUGGCACGACCUGGGUAGAAAAUUUCAUUUUAUCGCCCUCACACUGAUACAACCGAUGCGUACCUGUUUCACACGGGUAUGUUUGAGUGAGUGUUGUGCAGCGUACCAACCACCACUACACAGCACUGAUCCGUGAUCCCGAUCGCUGGUGGAGGAUGUGUGUCGUACGUAGCACAGGAGAUAAAGUGUAGAUCUCAGUGAAUCUCGCUGCCUGGUGGCGUACGGUGAGAAGUUUGUUUUUUUUCUGCCCAGCUUUGACCGUUCAAACCCGCAGUGACUGAAACGAGCGAAACGGAAAGAAAACCAGUACGCGAAUGUGAAUGAAUGCUGCGAAGGCAGGAGGAUGGAAUUCUAGUCCCGAGUGGAGGUUGAUCCCGCACGGUGGACCUCCGCAAAGUUUAUUCCAUCGCCGGUGCAGGUGGAGUGAUGAUGGUUUGUAGCUUAUGCUAUCGUAUUUGAUCCUACACAAGUCAAGUGCACGAUAUGUUUUUGUCCGUGGUAAGGUAAGACAGAGAGCCGUUUUUUCUCGAUGCCGCGAAGAUGUUUUUGUGAUAAGUGUGAUUGAUGUGGUGCACGCAGGAAGUGUGUAAGUUGUAAUUUUUAAAACAAUUCACUUAAAGUUCAUAAAACGCGUGUGAAACUAAACACAUUUUAAGUGCAUCUUAAUUGACAUAAUUUCGUAAGUGAAGCACACGAUUCCUCGACCUAAGGGUGCAUAAGUGUAGUGUUAGGGAAAUAGCCAUUCUAAUCUAAUCGCUGUUUUUGGAGGUAAAGGAGUGAACGAACCAAUGUACAGCCAUGACGCCGAAAGAGUGGUUCGCUUUGCUCCUGUUUUAUGCCGCGUACCUGUUCAUGGGCGCCAGCGUGUUCUAUCAUGUCGAAAACGAUCUGGAGACGGAGCGCCGGGCUGAAGAGUUAGCUGAACGAAUCGAAAUUAAUGAAAUGCUCGUUAAAUAUUUAUCACCGGAAGAUUUGGAACUUCAACGUACGUUGAUUGGACGUCUGGACGGUUACUGUGGAAGCAAAGUGACCAAUUACACCGAGGACGAAUAUGAACCACCCUACGUUUGGGAUUUUUAUCAUUCGUUUUACUUCGCCUUCAUUAUUUGUUCAACAGUGGGCUACGGUAACAUCUCACCGCACAAUACAUUCGGACGGAUAUUUUUAAUCUUUUACGCACUCAUCGGUCUGCCGGUGAAUGGUUUCUUUUUUGCGUAUGUUGGCGAGUUCUGGGCACGCGGUUUUGUCCGGCUGUACAGACGCUACAAGGCGUAUAAAUUAUCCGCCAACGCACGGUACGCCCCGCGUAGGAUCAGCUUUAUUGGACAGAUCGUGCUGUACCUCAUACCCGGCGUGAUCGUAUUCAUAUUCGCACCGGCAUGCGUAUUUACGUACUUCGAACAGUGGCCGUACGACGUAUCGGUGUACUAUUCGUUCGUUACGCUGACGACGAUCGGUUUCGGUGACUAUGCGGCAUCGUUUCAACCCUCACAGGAGCAUGAGUUUGGGUCACUGUUUACCGUCUACAAGAUAUUCAUCAUAUUUUGGUUUUUCGCCGGAAUCGGUUACAUUUUUAUGAUUUUGGGUUUUAUUGCUAAAGGCAUAUCGCAUAAAAAGAUACAGGAAUUGGAAAAGCUUGUGGCUUCCAACCUGAAGGAAACACAGCAUCGUGUGUGGAAUGGAGUUACCAAAGACAUUAGUUACCUGCGCAAGAUUUUGAACGAGGUGUACAUGCUAAAGUUUAAGCCCGUGUACGAGGAACCUUCGGACCGGUGGUUGAGUCUUUCGAAAAGCAGAUCGAGCUCGUGCCCCGAGCUGUCGAUGUAUCGCUCAACGGAACUGCCCAUCACUCGACGCAAGCGUGCCAACUCGGAAAGUGUGCUGGUGCUUGCGGAACCGAGAUCCAUCGAUAGUGGAUCGCUGGUACGACGCUUAUCCGAUACCGAUCUGAAUCGUAUUAAUCGCGAGAAAACGUUCGGUGUGCAGGCGCUCGUACAGCCGGCCGAAUUGCUGGCCCGCGUUGUAACGGCACUCGGGAAUAUAACGGCUAAUCCGGACGAUAAUCAGAGCUUCCUGGAGCGGGCCUCACUGAAUGCUGGUGUGAACUGUUUUUCGGACUCACAAAUUUUAGCCAGCGAACGAACGUGGUCCGGCUGGUCGAUGAGUGGUUCGGACAAGAGUGCCUAUUUGACGGCACCUCCGAUGCGUCCGAGAGCCGCUUCCGAUAUUGGGCUUCCUCCACAUGCUGCAUCGCAGGAUGCAAACGAAUGGACUUGGAGUGGUGGAGACAACACCCAGAUACAGCAGAUACUGCAGAUUCGGCAGAAAGUGAAACAGAAGGAUAACCUUCUGCGGGCUGCGCUGUCUAACAACGCAACGUUCGACUCUAGCCUUACGAUCAACGUUCCACCAACCGGUCCGGAGGGUAAAGCUUCGGCGAUAAACCGUGGUAUGCUGCAACGGCUUAAUCCGUUCCGCAAACGUUCCAAAACACCCGUUCCGGAUCUGGAAGCUGGUCCUCCGCUUGACUCGUACCUAUCCGCAACCAGUAAAGGUCGUAGCUCUAUGUUUAAUCUUCCCACCUCGUCCUAUCUGAUGGCAACGUCACGCGGACGGGGUAGCAUUCUGUCGAUGCCACCACAGGAUGAGCAUCUGCUCGAAACAACCACCAUUGGCGAUCUGUUGCGUGCCCUCGAGCGGAUGCACACGGACACGAUAACGGCGGGGGAUCCUCGGGGUAGCUUCGGGGAGAAAAAUGACUCAUUCGGUCGAAGACGCACCAUGGAAUCGUCAUGUGUGGGGCAGAGCAAUUUACCAUCGCUGCUAACAUUGUUCACACCGCCGAUUGAGGUUGGAACGAGGCGUGGCUCCAUGAAACCACCGCUUGCCCGUACGGGAAGUUCCGAUUCCGCUCCGAUCAUCCGACGACCGUCCCUCCGUCCAUCGAAUCCACCGUCCUACUCAGCGACGGUGUCGGGAUCACCCGGUGGAGGUGGUAGCCCAACGCUCAGUAUUAUUAGCCCUUCGCCGAAACCCAUCCGACGGCGGUUUAGCGUACGUCCGUCGAAUCUCGCCUAUCCGCCCGGUCACUGCCCUCGUCCACUGGCGGGUGCAUCCGAACAGCUGGGUGCAGCCCAUAUUAAUUCAUCAUCACAAUCGUUGCACAAUCUCCCCACGACAACAUUGCAGCGAAGGCUCUCGUCUCGUCCGAGCCCGUUAGCUACGAGCCAAUCGUCCCAUUUAACCGUCCCGACGGCAGCACCAAACUCCGGUACUGGGCCCGGACAAUUCCGAUGGAGACCGAAUCUAAUGCGAUCCGAUUCGGACCAAUCGGCAGCACCGAGUGGACUGCCAGGAGUGAAUAGUGGACGCAAUCGUCACAGCAGUUUAUCGAAUCUGUUCGAUCAGAAGCGCUAGAUUUUAUGAGGGAAAAUAGUUUUGAGGGGAAGUAUUGAACUAGAAAAAAAAACAGAAUAAGUUAGCAUCAGCACCAGUGUGGAAGCCACCAUGGAAUGUAUCAGUAUUGUUUCCGUUGACCUGCGAGUCUUUGCGCUCCGGAGGACAACGGCUAGAAAUAUGAAGCUAUUUAUGAAAACAUUUGAUGCCAUUCAAACCAGUCAUUAAUGCGUUUGUUAGUUUGUAGAUACGUUGUAACACCAGUGGACCAUGAACGGCAUGGACCAGUGGGGAAUGGAAUUGUGAUUCUGUCAGGGACAACAGUGACAGUUUACUGAACAAAAAAUGGAUACAAUAAAUAAUGGAAUUAAUUUUGAAUGUACGGUAACAGAAAAAAGGGAAUUGAUUUGAUCUGCACCUCUUAGGUGUUAUAUUCCUCAAGCUACUCAACUUGUCAGACGCAAUAGUUGUAGGUAUACGAACAUCGUCCCAUAAGGAUGCAACCGUGGCGCAUCGUUUGUGCAUCAUAAUUGAUUUCAUUCGAUUGCAUUGGCAAGCGUCCAAUAGUGAAGGUGUUGAGUGGAACAUUUUCCCAUCGAUUCGACCGGCGAUGAGUAUUUUUAUCGCAAAAUCUAACCAUGUGUACGAAGCGCAGAAAGAAACCCAUCGAACCGUACAUCACAUUGUGCAUGAUGUAUCAUUCAUACGCUUUGGCAUAUUGUCGGGUUGGGUCGGGAUUAUUGAUGGUCACACUGCAGACAAAGCAGUGGUGGGGGAAAAGAUUUUACACUUUCAGUGAUUUUAUCGAUACAAUUGUAAGGUUUAUUGCUUCGAAAAGAUACCGGUUGAUCGGGUGAUCCGUUGCACUGGGCUCGUUCUUAUAAAUUGUGACAACUGCUCAAUCUAUUUUUAAAUGAGUUCAAUUUGUGUGGAAAAAAAAUCGAAGAGAAAACUAUACAGACUGUUUAGAUGCUGGUCGAGAAAGUUUAGUUAGACAAAAAUAACAAUUUAUGGUUGAUAUUUUGACUAUAAAAAUUAGUUAAAAAUUCAGUAAAAACCUCAAGUAGCUACUACAAACCGAACACCAAAAUUUCGUUCAAUUAUCAAUAUCACCUGCUGUUUACACUUUUUUUGGGGGUAAAUUUCCUAGAAGAAAAAUAGCAACCAUUACAAACAAGGCAGCUAUGCGUAAGCUAUCGGUUGCAGGAUGUUUCGUGGAUCCAAGUCCCGGUAACCGAUGGGAGAUUGCCGGAACGUGCGGAAAUGUACCGGCCAGUGGGUGGAAAUGCCAAACAAAACGUAAAAUUUGUAGUACAGCUAACAUUACAGUGUGCGAAAAUGGAGCUCACCCACACAGGCACCGGCUCUAAUACGCGCAUCGACGAGUUAGUUUGUACGGAUGAAAGUAGCAUGCCUUUUUGCUUACACCAGUACGCACGCAAUCCCGGCGACAAUUCCGGUCCGACGCUACGGUUUAUUGCCAUCAGCAUCAGUCGGUUAGUGGGAAAGCUGCUAUAUGUGCUUUCCACUUUUUAUGUCCAUCUCUCAUUCUACCCUUAAUAAUAAGCUCUCGAACGACCUAGCAGAGUAGGAAAGCGCUAGCCAAUUUUUACGCACCACCACUUGUGCAGAAACCGCCGUUUGCCGCGACGAAGGAUGUCUCGAUUUUACGCUCCUGUUUGUUGCCACUUUCACACCGUGGAGCGUGGUGUUUCCCUCUAAUCGUAUGGAAAGCUGUGAGAGCUAGGUGCCGAAUGGUUUUAUCGUGCACGGCGGAGCGAGAGCGAAAUGCGAGAGCAACAACCAAAGCAUCGCAAACCUCCUUCACCGAUGGAGACGCAUGGUGCUGCAAAGCGUUACGGUUGAUCGAAGCAUCGUAACCGGGAGCGAAACGUAACGUUGUGUAUGUGAUGAUAAAUGGCAGAAAGAAAAAAACAAAUGAAAGAAAGCUUCUCCGAAAUGAUCGCAGCCUCCGCCUGUAUGUAAUUGAAAUGGGAAUAAUAAAAUGUUACUUCGGUGAAGUUGAGUUGCGUGUGUAUGCGUCCAUACGCAGAAGAGCGUGAGAUGAAGAGAGCAAUAAGAAACCGAAGGAGAGGCUGAUGCUGCUCCUGUGUUUAUAAGGGUGUGUGAGUAUUACUCCCGAUAGUGGU